UUUUCUGCUUCUUUCACUUAGUUUGUUCAUGAACACCCAGGAGUGUGUUUUCACAUCCCCGUUCAGUUCCGUCCAGAAACAGCUGUCCCGCUCUUAUGCGUUGAGCCUCCUGCCCAGUCCUGCAUCACCAUGUCCACCGGAUCUCUAAGCGACGUCGACGACGAACUCUUGGAUGGCAUUCUCAAGUUCGGCUCCUGUGGUAAGGACUCCAAUGAGAGCACAGAGGAGAGCUCUAACUGUGAAGGCAGCUUCGCUACUGAGGGCAGGAGGAAAGAAGCGUCCGGCAAGAAGCGCAAGACAGCGUCGCGCAAAAGCGCACCGAAGGGUGUGGCGCAGCAGGAGGGCAAACAGGUGCAGAGGAACGCAGCUAACGCGCGGGAAAGAGCCAGGAUGCGAGUCCUGUCCAAGGCCUUUUCACGGCUGAAGACCUCCUUACCGUGGGUGCCACCGGACACCAAGCUCUCCAAACUAGACACGCUGCGCCUGGCGUCCAGCUACAUCGCACAUCUCCGACAGAUCCUGGCCAACGACAAGUACGAAAACGGAUAUACGCACCCAGUUAACCUGACGUGGCCCUUCAUGGUCGCUGGAAAACCGGAGACUGAUCUGAAGGAGAUGCUCAACUCAACACGGUUAUGCGGAACAACUGCAUCCUGAUUUAUUAUUUUUAUUUUUUUUUUUCUCAAAAGACAGAAAACAAAAACUUCCAGCUUUGACUGAAAUACAGUCUCAUCUCCACAGACUGAGAGUGGGAAUAACGGAGAGAGCGCAUCCUCUCAAUCUCUCCAUAACGUUCCCGUAACUAAACAGAUCAAUUUAUUUAAACAGAGAUUGUCUUUGCUGGUUCAAAGACAAUCUUUCUGUAUUUUCCUUUCUACUUUGUCAUAAUCUACAGGUGUUUUCUCCUGGUUUAAAUGUCUGUACAGAAUGCAUGUAUAUAAAAAUAUUUUUCCAACUUUUAAACCCCGUGUUCUGAAUUACUAUUUCAUAUUUUUCUGAUAUCCAUGUGUGGGCCAGUCAGUUGACCUGGUCACCCCUCUUAUCAGUGUUAGCAUUCAGAAUAGCAGAACCAUGAGCACCGACAAAGCGGGGUUCCUGAUAAGGCCCUCACUGUUGUUUCUGUGAGAUAACUUGGUUACCGUUGCAUAAACAAACCUCUCUUGCAAUCAGAGAUUAUUCCAAGUCCCAAAAUGGACCAUAAACUCAUGCUUUUAAAUCUGUGCACCUCUUGCUCUUUGUUAAAUAAAAAAAAAAAUCUAUAUUUUAUGGUUGUUAAUUGGAUUUAAUUUACCAAAUUAUAUUUAUUUAGACCAAAGUUU